UUAAUAUCAUUUAAAGUCCUGCAUGUCUACUGCUAAAUCAAGAAGCUCGAAUUCCGGAGGUCAAUACGAAUAUGGCGAGUGGAUUCCAGUGACCUAUUGCGAAUGUGGCCAACAAUUAAAGCUUUUGACAACAUGGAAAGCAGAGAACAGUGGGAGAAGAUUUUGGAAAUGCAUUGGAAGUCAGCCAUAUAAAGGGUGUGGUAUGAUGGAGUGGUUUGACCCUCCAAUGUGCAAGAGAUCUCAAAAAAUAAUUCCGGGGCUGUUAAAAAAGAUGAAUGCGUAUGAGGAAAAAAUUCGUACAUUGGAGAUGAAGCUUGAAACAUUAGAGGUUGAAGGGUUCAAACCAGAGAAGAAGAGGAAGAAAUGUACUAAAUGUAGUAGGGCAUUGGUUUGCAUUGUUGCAGUUGUUGUUGUAUUUGUGUCCAUGUAUAUCAAAG